AUGAAAGCGUGGCAAGAAAUUAUUACGAAGUUUGUGCCUGAUUUCGAUGAAAAGAGCAUAGAUGAAAGAAACAAAAUUGGGACAAUCUUUCAAAGGAAAUGGAACAGCUUAAGGGCCAGUUAUACCAGAAAGUUAUUAAGGCAAAAAACAGAAAAGAGUGGUUCUGCAGCAACUAGUAGGAAGAAGUAUAUCUACUUCGAUCAGCUGCGAUUCCUAACAACUGAUUGUAGGAACACUACUUCUAGUAUUGACAAUGAUGAUGAUGAAAACAGAAAUGAGUUUGAUGAAGGAGAAAAUUUAGAGCAGGAGGCACGUGAAAAAACUGCUGAGCGACGGCAAAUAAGGCCACGUGAAAAGAAGAGUCUUGAAGAAGAAGAUAUCCUAUAUAAUAUUUUGAAGGAAAAGUACGCCAGAAAAGACAAUUCAUCACAGCAAGCCGACGAAGAUAGCUUGUUUAUGCAGUAUUUAGUACCUGAAUUAAAAAAAAAUUACCCAGUCAUGCAAGAUUGA